GGCCCGGCGUGGGAGGCGGCUGCGCGCCCGGCCCCCGGGGCUUGCCGAGUCGGCACCGACCAAGAUUUGGUUUCCCUCUUCCCCUGGCUGCUGUAAUCUUAAACCGCCGGGAGCCCGAGGCCUAUAUUUAUAGAGAAACGCGUGUCCUGGAGGCCGCCGUGGGCACCAUUUGGUCGCCUCUUGAAGAAUUUUUAUAAUUUGGAGGGGAGUCCCCGUUUUAAUACGUUAUUUUUUUUUCUUUUUUGAAAUUUGGAGCUUCAGACUAGGACAGCUGCAAAUUACAAACUCCCAGGGAGGGCCAUAUUGUUUUUGAGAGCCUUUUGUCUGCGGUUUUGCAGUCUCAAACGAGCUGUCCCUGAACUCCUUCCGGUCCUCCGUGUCUCUGAGCUACUCCGGCGUCUCUUAGCUUCAGUCUGCCACCUGUGAGCCGCGGCGCGGGCCACGGCUCCGAGAAGAGCCCCUUUUGUCCUGUGUGGUCCCUAUAAGAAGUUCUCCUGGCGGGGCUCGGGGUGGUGGGGGCUGGGGAGAUGAACGCUGCGGCCAGCAGCUACCCCAUGGCCUCCCUCUACGUGGGUGACCUGCACUCGGACGUCACCGAGGCCAUGCUGUACGAAAAGUUCAGUCCUGCGGGGCCUGUGCUGUCCAUCCGGGUCUGCCGCGAUAUGAUCACCCGCCGCUCCCUGGGUUAUGCCUACGUCAACUUCCAGCAGCCGGCUGACGCUGAGCGGGCCUUGGAUACCAUGAACUUUGAUGUGAUUAAGGGAAAGCCAAUCCGUAUCAUGUGGUCUCAGAGGGAUCCCUCUUUGAGAAAAUCUGGUGUGGGAAAUGUCUUCAUCAAGAAUCUGGACAAAUCUAUAGAUAACAAGGCACUUUAUGAUACUUUUUCUGCUUUUGGAAACAUUCUGUCUUGCAAGGUGGUGUGUGAUGAGAACGGCUCUAAGGGUUAUGCCUUUGUCCACUUCGAGACCCAAGAGGCUGCUGACAAGGCCAUCGAGAAGAUGAACGGCAUGCUCCUCAAUGACCGCAAAGUGUUUGUGGGCAGAUUCAAGUCUCGAAAAGAGCGGGAAGCCGAGCUUGGAGCCAAAGCCAAGGAGUUCACCAAUGUUUAUAUCAAAAACUUUGGGGAAGAGGUGGAUGAUGAGAGCCUGAAAGAGCUGUUUAGUCAGUUUGGUAAGACCCUAAGUGUCAAGGUGAUGAGAGAUCCCAGUGGGAAAUCCAAAGGCUUUGGCUUUGUGAGUUACGAAAAACACGAGGAUGCCAAUAAGGCCGUGGAAGAGAUGAAUGGAAAAGAAAUCAGUGGGAAAGUCAUUUUUGUAGGCCGCGCACAGAAGAAAGUGGAACGGCAGGCCGAGUUAAAGCGGAAAUUUGAACAGCUGAAGCAAGAGAGAAUUAGUCGGUAUCAGGGAGUGAAUCUCUACAUUAAGAACUUGGAUGACACCAUUGAUGAUGAGAAGUUAAGAAAAGAGUUUUCUCCUUUUGGAUCAAUCACCAGCGCUAAGGUAAUGUUGGAGGAUGGGAGAAGCAAAGGGUUUGGCUUUGUCUGCUUCUCAUCUCCUGAAGAGGCGACCAAAGCGGUCACUGAGAUGAAUGGACGCAUCGUGGGCUCCAAGCCGCUGUACGUCGCCCUGGCCCAGAGAAAGGAAGAGAGAAAGGCUCACCUGACCAACCAGUAUAUGCAGCGGGUGGCUGGAAUGAGAGCACUUCCUGCCAAUGCCAUCUUAAAUCAGUUCCAGCCUGCAGCUGGUGGCUACUUUGUGCCAGCAGUUCCACAGGCUCAGGGAAGACCUCCGUAUUACACACCUAACCAGUUAGCACAGAUGAGGCCUAAUCCACGCUGGCAGCAAGGUGGGAGACCUCAAGGCUUCCAAGGAAUGCCAAGUGCUAUACGCCAGUCUGGGCCUCGUCCAGCUCUUCGCCAUCUGGCUCCAACUGGUAAUGCUCCGGCCUCUCGUGGCCUCCCUACUACUGCUCAGAGAGUCGGGUCUGAGUGCCCGGACCGCUUGGCUAUGGACUUUGGUGGGGCUGGUGCCGCCCAGCAAGGGCUGACUGACAGCUGCCAGUCUGGAGGUGUUCCCACAGCUGUGCAGACCUUAGCACCUCGUGCUGCUGUUGCUGCUGCUGCUCCUCGGGCUGUUGCACCUUAUAAAUACGCUUCCAGUGUCCGCAGCCCUCACCCUGCCAUCCAGCCUCUGCAGGCACCCCAGCCUGCGGUCCAUGUGCAGGGGCAGGAGCCCUUGACCGCCUCCAUGUUGGCUGCAGCACCCCCCCAGGAACAGAAGCAGAUGUUGGGAGAACGUUUGUUCCCACUCAUCCAAACCAUGCAUUCAAACCUGGCUGGAAAAAUCACAGGAAUGCUGCUGGAGAUUGACAACUCUGAGCUGCUGCACAUGCUGGAGUCCCCUGAGUCUCUCCGCUCCAAGGUGGAUGAAGCUGUGGCGGUUCUACAGGCUCAUCAUGCCAAGAAAGAAGCUGCCCAGAAGGUGGGCGCUGUUGCUGCUGCUACCUCUUAGACAAGGAAAAACCGAUUCAAAAGCCAAAUAACCCCUCCUGGAAUUCAGCUCAAGGUUUGAAGAUUUCUAGCGUGUCCUAUGGACCUCAACACCAAGAACCACAAAUUGGAAAUUUAAUAGGUCAUUUUGUAUCAAAAGGUCAAUUAUGAAGCACCUACCUAGAGUUUUUCAAUUAAAAGAAUAUAUUCUCUGGGUUCUGCUAUGGCCCAGACAGUGUUAACUUUUUUUUUCUAUUGUGGGUUUUGAUUUUUUUCCCCCAGAAAUUGGUUUUAUUUGAUGUACCCAAGUCUUAAGUUUCUCAAUAAAGAAAAAAAAUCUCCGUAAAACUGCCUGUCCUGUUUCACUCUGACCAGUUUUACCCUGUUAAAUUCAGUUAUCACUGGAAGUAACUUUUAGUAUGUAUAGCCUAUCAUCCUUUCCUGAUGGUUAUAAACAGACUAUUUUGAGUUAGCCAGGUAUACAGAACUGUCCCGUUGCAUUGUUGUGGGAGGAGUUUUAUAAUGGACCUCCAUUUAACUUACAGGGAACAGAAGUCUGGCACGGGAGAAUUGGGUACAGGUUGGGGUUGGCACAUGAAUGAAAGCUGUAUGGGGAGAUCAGCAAAACCCGGCCCCUCCCUCCUUGGAUGUGUUAGCUGGGGUUUGUGGGUCCCCUUUCCUACAUUCGGUUGAUUAUGCGGCUAAGAUUUCCUCUGGCACUGGGAAAAGGCUUGGUGGCUAGGUCUGAGUGGCAACAGCAAGCAAGUGCUGGAGUCCUAAGUGUGUUGUGGUUCCUUUAGUCCUCAAUUCUCACCUGGCCAAGGUCAACCAGUCUACUUGCCCUUACUGUCCUCCAGGAACACUUUCUCCUUUUCCUUGAAACCUGGCAGGCUGUCUUUUCUCAGGGCCUUACCCAAGGUAUCAUUUUGCUUGGAAUAUUCUUCUUAGCAGGCUCCCCAUUUUCUUGAAGGUCUGGUUUCACUUUAAAUUAACUAAGGCCUGAUCUGCACAGCAAAGGAAAUAAGAAAACUAGGACAAUCUGAAUGGGAGAAGAUGUUUGUAAAUGACAUCUAAAAAAGGCUUAGGAUUCAAAAUAUAUAAAGAACUACAACUUGGGGCACCUGGGUGGCUCAGUCAGUAAAGCAUGCAACUCUUUAACUUAGGAUCAUGAGUUUGAGCCCCACGUUGGGCAUAGAGCCUACUUAAAAACACAAGAAGUGUUGGCAAGGAUGUGAAGUAGGAACCCUUAAUGCACUGUGAGUGGUAACCCAGCCACUAUGGAAGACAGUAAGGAGGUUCCUCAAAAGUAAAAAUAGAACUGCCCUAUGAUCCAGUAAUCACACUACUGGGUGUUUACCCAAGAGUAGGAAAAUACUAAUUCAAAGGGAUACACGUACCUUUAUGUUUAUUGCAACAUUAUUAAAAUAGCCAAAUAUGGAAGCCCAAGUGUCCAUCGACAAAUGUACGACUGAAGAUGUCGUGUAUAUAUACAAUGCAAUAUUAUUCAGCCAUAAGAGAAGGAAAUCUUGCUGUCUGCAACAACAUGGAUGGAACUAGAGUAUAAUGCUAAGCAAAAUAAGCCAGAGAAAGACAAAUAUCCUAGGAUUUCACUCACAUACGGAAUUUAAGAAACAACAAAGACCAAUAAAGAAGUAAACCAAAAACAGACUAACUAUAGAGAACAAUCUGGUUACCAGAGGGGAGAUGGGUGGAAGGAUGAGUGAAACGGGUGAAGGGGAUCAAGGUUACAUUUAUCUUGAGCACACAGCAAUAUUUGGAAUUAUUGAAUCACUAUAUUUUACAUUUGAGACGAAUAUAACACUUAUGUUACACUGGCAUUAAAAUAAUUAGAAACAAAGGCCGGAUCUAAAGUAGAUUCUUCUAUUUCUUGACUUCCCCAGUUAAUGCCGCUAUGUAUUUGUGAUCUCUAUUCUGAGUGCCCUCCAAACAUCCGCCGCAGGCCACUGGCCAGGAGCACAGCGGCUGCGCCAGCGAGCGAGAGGUCGGGUCCGGGGGCGGGGCCUGGUUUCGGCUUCCGGCGGAAGAGCCAGGGAGCAAGAUGGCUGCCGACAAGACCGUGUUGUUCGUUGCCGAGCUAGCGUGGGUUUCUCUUGUGGCUCUGCCCCCUCAGCCUGUGAGCAGCGCCCGCGACUUGACGGCUCUGCUGGUCCUGGCGCUGCCCAGAGCCCUUUCCCUCUAUGAUCUUGGUCUCGGAGAGUUGGUAAGAUCUGUUAUUGUGACCUCAGACCGCAUUCCAAACUCUCAAGCCCAUUCAUUCCAUAAACUCCGCAGCCCUGACCCCUUAGAGGAAGGAAUUCACCGAAUAGUUGGGGAGUUUUGGGAACAGCCUUACUGCGCGGGCUGGCAAGCCUCAUGAUGUGACCAUAAAAUAGACAAUGUUGAUGAGGGUCGAGCUGAGGGCUUUGGGGAAUGAACACUCACUCCAUCAGGAGAGGUGAGGGCAAACUUUCUGAAGCGCAGAGGCCAAAGCUGGGUUUGAAAGAUCAUGAGUAAAGCUGUGGCCUGAAUGGAGGGCAGCAAGAAAAGAGCCCGGAGAGGAAGUAGUCCAACAUCUGGGACUUGCGUUCAGGGAGGAAGGCUAGAUAGGUCGGCAAGGCUCAGACCUUAUGAAGGUCUUAUUAUAUGCCGUGUCAAGGAAUUUGGGCUCCGUCCUGUGGGCGUUGGUGAGCUUUUGGAGACUAUUAAGCUAAGCUGGAUAGUGAUGUGAUCCGAUUUGCACUUUCUUGGAAUCAUUCUAGUAACUAUUGAAGAGAUUGUGAAACUGGAGGCAGUGAACCUAUCACAGUAACCAAGGGCUAGAUGUAAGUCUGAAGGGGGAUAGGGGAAGAGUGUACCUCACCGGUCAUUUUGUAUACCUAAAAGACUGGGGACUCCUUCUUCUCCCUGUGGCUGUCUUGCUAACAGAGCAUCUGUACCAAGAGUAUGGAGGGCACUGGUUCAGAAGGCACUUCCUCUUUGCUGGUGGGCUGGCAGAGGAGGUAGACAACAAAGUUCUUCGUGUUACUUUUAUUUCUGUUUGGAGACAUCAUGGAUAAUUAGUUUUCCCUGGAUUAUGAAACAGUGUGGUCAGGUGAUGACUGGUUGAAGAAGUUUUCUGGGCAGACUCUUGAAGAGAAUAAAGAGGAAGGAGGGUCGGACGGAGCCUUCCAAAGUGGAAACCCAGGAGGGAGAUCCCGCUGCGAAAAAGGCCUCAUCAAAUCCUCAGGUGUACAUGGACAUCAAGAUUGGGAACAAGCCAGCUGGCUGCAUCCAGAUGCUUCUGCGUUCAGACAUUGUCCCCAUGACAGCAGGUGUGAUGUGUUUUGGCAGGAACACCACAGAAGAAUGCUGUUUCCUUACCAGUGUAUCGUGUAAGGAAGUGCAUGAUGUCAGUUCCAAUAUUUGUGAUGUCAACUUUGGUUGCUUGCUUAAGGAGAUGGCUGCCAGCUUUCUCCCCUGGAAGUUACAACUAUUUUUAGGGUUAUAAAUUAAAAGCUAAAGUUUUUUCUCCUCACUACCUCCAGCCCAUCUCUUUGAGGGUCACAGUAACAUGAUUUCCUGACAUGGUGAAAAUCCCCUGGUAAAAUUCUGAACGAAACCAAAAAUUACGUUCCCUUGGUUUAUGUAGUAGGUCUAUUUCUGGAAAAAUUCAGUGCAAAAGAUAAGUCUUUGGAUUUAUAUGUAAAAUGGAGUUAGGUUCUCAGCUCAAAUCAUUAUAAACAGAUUUUCAUCCAAUACAUGAAUGUUUCUCAGGGCAUUUGAAAGUCUGAGAGGAUUAAGAAUAAUUCUUCCUGACAUGUGACAUGGCAGGACAUCUGGAUUCCCUGUUCCCUUCCCACUAAUGCCAGUAGCACCCCCAUUAUUCCUGACAACGAGCAACAUAGCUUGGAGUUUCCAAGUAGCCUCGAGGGGGCAGUCUUACCCUAUUUAUAACCAGUGCUCUGGCCAAUCCCUUCCUGUCCCAGGUUUUCCAGGGUUUCCAGUCAUAUCUGUAAAUGAAUCCUGUCCACAUGUCAGCCUCCAUGCUGUUCUCUCCCUGUCGCCUUCCCCUGGACGUCCCCUGGAUGUCUCAGACCUCACAGACUCUCAUGUUCUUUUCUCCCAGACCCUUCCUCUCCUCAUCCCUGUCUCCAGCAAUGCCACCACCAUCUCCCUAACUGCUUGCUCAGCUUAGGACCCCUCCUCGACCCUUCUCCUCCAUCUGACAUAGGUCAGAUCCACGUGUUUCAAGUCACUUUCUCGUCUGCCCUUGCUUCACCCUUCCUUCACCAGCACCAAGUCCUCACACUUGUCUCCCUGUUUCCACUCCUGCAUCUUCCCCUCCUGGUCCAAUAUGUGAGGUAGUCAGAGCCAUCCUUUUCAAACAUAAACCCAGUCCUGUUACUUUCUGGCUGAGAGUCCUCCCAUGGGGCCCCAUCACUUAGGACCCACUGGCAUGAGGCCUGGCACCUUCCCAAGCUCCCAGAAUGUGCUGCUCCUCCCUCUGUCCUCAAGGCAGUCUUGCUGUUCCUCAGUCACAGCUUACUCCCCCUCAGGGUCUUGGUCAUUCUACUUCCUGUCCUAGAAUGUUCUUCCUCUAGCAUCUACAGCGUUCACCCCUCACUUCCUUCAGGUGCCAUGUACCUUGUCUUAGAGACCUGCCUUGCUCUCUGUCUAGAAUGGGCAUUCCUGUCAUCUCUUCUUUUUCGUCAGCUUCAUUUUUCUUCAUAUAUUUAAUACCUGAGAUUAUAUUAUGAAGUUACUUAUUCUUUCACUUAUUUUCUGUCUCCCUUUCUAGAAUAUUAGCCUCAUGAGGGCAGGACCCAGUCUUUAUUGGUCACCACUGUAUUCUAGAAUUGUGUAAAUAUUUGAAUAUUUAAAACUGAUGUUCACAGGGCAGUUUUGUUAUGUGUCAGGCACCUUGAUCAACUCCAUCAUUGAGAGUGGAAUGGGACAUGGUCCCCAUGCAAAGGGAGCAUGCAGUCUAGAGCCCUAGCCAUGAAAAGGAGGCUUUCUCACUGAGACAGAUGAGCUUAUAGGUACCCUCCCUCAGCCUCUGCCGAACCUGGCUCUUUUAAACUCAGAUGUCACCUCCUUCAGAAAGCCUUCCAUGGUACUGUUACAUGUGUGUGUGCGUGUGCAUGUGAGAGAGAGACACACACACAGACACAUAUACUUUUAGGUGAUUGUGUCUUGUGCUUCCAUUCGCUGAACAGAUGUCUGUGCCACGAGGCUUUGCUGUUCCAUAGCAUGAUUUUCUUUAAAAAACAAACAAACAAACAAACAAACAGUUUUAUUGGGAUGCAAUCCACAUACAUUCAGUUCACCCAUUUAAAGUAUACAUUUCAGUGGUUUUUACUGUACUCAGUUAUGCAGCUAUUACCACAAAUAAUUUUAGAACAUUUUCCUCCCAAAGGAAACCCCACACCCUUUAGCAUUCUCCUUCUCCUUGUCCCCCAGGCCUAGGCAAACACUAAUCGACUUUCGAUUAGUGUUUGCCUAUUCUGGACUAUCAUAUAAAUAGAAUUCCGCAGUAUGUGGCCUUUUGUGACUGGCUUCCACUUAGCAUGUUUUCGAAAAAGUUCAUCUACGAUAUAACAUGUAUCUGUACUUAAUUUUUUUUAUUGUCAAUUAAUAUUCAGUGUGUGCAUAUACCACAAUUUGUUUAUCCAUUCAUAAGUUGAUGAACAUUUGUGUUUAUACAUUUUGGUUAUUAUGAAUAAUGCUGUUGGGAACAUUCAUGUAUAAGUUUUUGUGUGGACCUAUGUUUUCGUUUCCCUUGGGUAGGUACCUACAAUUGGAAUUGCUGGGGCAAGGAUAACUAUUUUUUCAUAUUUUGAGGAACUGCCAGACUGUUUUCUAAAGUGGCUGCACCAUUUUACAUUCCCAUCAGCAGCCUAUGAGGGUUCCAGUUUCUCCGUAUCCUCACAAUCACUGGUUAUUAUUUCUUUUAUGUUCUCUUUAUGUUAUCCUAGUGAUGUGAAAUGCUGUCUCAUUGUGGUUUUGAUUUGCCUUCUGACUGAUGGAAGGAAGAUGUUGAGCAUCUUUUCAUGUGUCUAUUGUCCAUAUUUUAAUCUUCAUGGGAAAAUGUCCAUUCAGAUCCAUUACCCAUUGUUAAAUUGGGUUAUUUAUCUCUUUUUUAUUGAAAUACAAGAGUUCUUUAAAUAUUCUAGCUGUAGUUCUCUUAUCAGAUACAUGGUUUGCAAGUAUUUUUUGUCAUUCUGUGGGUUGUCUUUUCACUUUUCUUUGUUUUGCUUCGAAGCACAAAAAGUUUUAAUUCUGUUGAAGUUCAAUUUAUCUCUCUUCUCUUCCAUCAGUAUAUUUUUUGCAUCAUAACUCAGAAGGUUUUGCCUAAACUACGGUUGUGAAGAUUUACUCCUGUAUUUUCUUGUAAGAGUGUUAAAGAUUAGCUCUUACAUUUGGGUGUUUGAUCCAUUUUUAGUUCAUUUUUGUGUAUAGUGUGAGAAAAAGGAUCUAAUUUCAUUCUUUCGCCUGUGGAUGUCCAGUUGUCCUAGCCUCAUUUGUUGAAAAAGCUGUUCUUGGGUGCCUGGAUGGGUCAGUUGGUUAAGCAUCUUACUUUGGCUCAGGUCAUGAUCUCAUGGUUCGUGAGUUUGAGUUCUGCUUCAGGUGAGCAUGAGCUCCGCUUUGGGUGAGCCCUGCUCUCUCUCUCUCUCUCUCUCUCUCUCUGUCUCUCCCUCUCUCCCCCCCCCCCCAUCUCUGCUCUUGUGGGAUUCUCUCUCUCUCCCUGCCCUCGCUCACUUGUGUCCUCUCUCAAUAAAAGAAAAAAAAAAAGGCUGUUCUUUUAAUUGUCUUGGCAUCCCUCUUGAAAAUCAGUUGACCAUAAAUGUAAGGAUUUUGUUUCUGGACUUUCUGUUCUGUUUCAUUGAUCUAUAUAUGUGUCCUAUGCCAGUUCUACAUUGUCAUGUAUUCUGUAGCUCCAUAGUACAUUUCAAAUUUGACAAGUGUGAGUCCUCCAACUUUGCUCUUCUUUUUCCAGAUUGUUUUGGCUAUUCUGGGUCUCUAACAUUUCUGUAUGAAUUUGGGGAAUAGUUCUCAAUUUUUGCAAAAAAGCCGGUUGGAUUUUGACAGAGAUUGCACUGAAUCUGUAGAACAAUUUGUGUAUUGCCAUCUUAGCAGUAUUAAGUUUUCCAGUCCAUGAACAUGGGAUAUAUUUCCAUUUGUUUAAAUCUUCUUUAAUUUCUUUCUGUAACAUUUUAUAGUUAUCAGGGUAUAAGGUUAUAUUUCUUUUGUAUUUAUUCUGAAGUUUAUUCUUUUUGAUGUUACUAUAAAUGGAAUUAUUUUAAUUUCAUUUUCAGAUUGUUCAUUGCUAGAGUAUAAAAUAACUUGAUUUUUGUAUGUUGAUCUUGUAUUCUGCAACUUUGCUGAACUAGUCCUAAUAGUUUUUUAGUGGAUUCUGUAGGAUUUUCUUUAUACAAGAUCAUGUCAUCUGCAUAUUUCAUUUCGUUGUUUUGUAGAUUGCAGUUGCUGGAACAUCUAGUACAAUAUUGAAUAGAAGUGGUAAGGGCAGAUGUUUUGGUCUUAUUCCUGAUCUUAGGGGGAAAACAUCUAGUCUUUCACUGUGUGAUUUUUUUGUAGGUGCUCUUUAUCAGACUGAGGAAGUUCCCUUCUAUUCCUAGUUUGUUGAGUGUUUUUAUCAUGAGAAGUUGUGGGUUUUGUAAGAUGCUUUUUCUGUGUCUAUUGCGAUAAUAAUGUGGGUUUUGUGCGUUAUUCUGUUAAUGUGUUAUAUUGCUUUUUGGAUGUUAAACCAGCCUUGCAUUCCUGAGAUACAUCCACAGUUAUCUUUUGAGUGACUCUUUUCCACUAGACUAUGAGCUGCACCAGGGCUGGGACCAAUGUCCCCAGGGCUCAACAGGAGCUAAGUUACAAAGUAGACAAUACAAGUAUUUAUUGAAUGAGUGAAAGAAAGGAUAAACCAGUAUAAAAUGAUUUAAGCAACUUUGCUCACCAUUUCACUAUCAACUGAGUGGCAAACAAGGCAUCCACAUGGUAUUAUCCUAGAGUCUGAGCCUGCCUGGUUGAAGGGCUGUCAACAGUCUGCACAGAUGUACGUCUGACAGCAGGGAGCCAAGGGUAGGGCCUGACGUGCUCCUUCUCUCCCCCAGCCCUGCUCUCCAUGGUCAGCUCUGGCCCAAACACCAACAGCUCCCGAUUCGUCCUGACAUGUGACAAGACUGACUGGGUAGAUGGCAAGCACAUAGUGUUUGGGGAGGUCACAGAAGGCCUGGAUGUCUUGCAGCAGAUUGAGAUGGGUGCCCACUUGGGCCCUGGGUGCGUAGCCCUGUGGGAGAGCUGGAGAGAGGGGCCGUGGCAGAUCCCAGGGAGGGCUGCUUCUGCUCAGGCAGGGGUGGGUAGAUGGGGAGGGUAUCCCUAAUCCAGUCUUUACUCUUCACCUUCCCUUGGUUCUCCCCCUCUUCUGUCCCCACAAAGACCCAGGGCAGCAAGGAUAGGAAGCCAAAGCAGAAGGUGAUCAUUGCCAACUGUGGGGAGUACGUGUGAGUCCGCAAAGUCUCGGCACUGCCCCUGCAUAUCCAGGAGGGAGCUGUCAGCCUGGGAGCCAGCACCUGAGGAUGUCUGUCCCCUUUGCGGCAAGCAGGGGUUUGUGGCCCUUCUUGGACUCAGCUCACAGCGACUCUUCUGCAGGUCCAAAUACUUGCUCAAGGCUUCAUGGUAAGAAGAGAAACCCCAGGAAAGCUCCCCUUUCAGCUUCCCAGAAGCUGUAGGACUCUGGACUUUGGGAGGAAAUGGGGACAAAACACAGCCCCGUCCUCAGUCCCCAGCAGAGGCCCCGGCUCCACAGGUCACCAAGUCACGGAUGACAUUGUUGCUGCUGUCAUAGUAGAGCACGGAGGUGGCGCUCAGCUUGGUGGGGGCGCAGCACGCCUUGGGGACCGCGUCCGGCUUCAUCAGGUGCACCUGGCCAGGGGAGGGACGGCAGUCAGGUGUGAGUACCGCGGCCUUCUCCCACAACUCCCAGGUCCCACCGACCCCGGAGUCUCCAGCUGCUCACCCUCCCCGGCUCCAUCCUCUGCAGCCCGUGCUGGCACUAACCUGUAGAUGUUCCCCACCCCGCCCCCCUUCACCCCUUCCCCGCACCAGCUGACUCCCUCCCUCCACAUUCACUCCCCUCAGAGGCCACGACCCGCUCACUGGUCUCCAGCACAUGGCGUGCCCAGUGCCCAGUCCCUCUGCCGCACCACCCCUCUGGGGUCCCCUCCGCUCCUCCCAUGUGCUCCUGUAACAUCCCUGAUCAUAUCUUGUCCCCAUUAGCUGUUUGCCAUCUGUCUCCCCUCCCAGCUGUGAGCCAGUGAACGAUCACAGAACAGGAGAGACCUAGAAUCCUAGGUCCAUCCUCGUGUUCAGUGCUGUUACUCCUCAAGGCACUUGCCACCCGAUAACAACUUCUAAGGCAACUACUGUUCUGGGCCGACCAAGACGGAGGGCACGGAGGCCCCGCGUGGUGCCCAGAGUCACAUGGCUCUCAGGCGUGGCGGAACUUGGAUGGGGUGUGCUGACCUGCUGCCCUCUGAACAGCCUUACUGCCAAGAGAGAGCCUGCCUGAGGAACGGCCCAUUUUCAGCUUCCUAAAAAUAUUUCUCCCAAGCCCUGGCAGGACGAGCCGCAGUUUACACGGAAUUCCGGGUCAGGGCCCCCCACUUCCAGGCCCGAAGGAGGCCCAAGGCUGUGGGGAGGCAGGAGAGAAGAGGACACCUGCUCCAUUCCUGUGUCGUGCAGCCCAGGGCCCCCCACCCUCUCGGACGCUGCCGAGCGGGACCUGGACGAAGCUGUCUGGCUCUGGGAGAGCAGGAGGAAACCGAGUCCCUGCCAGAGAAGAUGCAGGCAGAGCUACAGCACUGAAGCAGCAGUUGGAAAAACCCCCUGGGCGUGUGGGAGGGGAAGCUGUUUACUCCUCUCAUAGAGAGGCCCCAGGGACAGAGAUCACUGGGGGACUCCAGGAACAAGGGAGCAGGCCUGCGCUGUUUCCCUCCUGUCCCCCAGCAUAAACCCGCCACCUGUGGGAAACAGCACAGCACUGACACUCCUGCCUGACUUGCCACCCUGCCCUCCCCCAGCCAUGCCCCCCUCAGCUCCAGUACCCUGGGUCCCUUCCUGCAGAGGACGGUCGUGCAAAUCCUGCUGACACCACCUCCCUGCACCCCAAGCCUUGGCAGCUCCACCCCUCCAGUCAGGCUGGGCCUUGGUCCCCACGGCAGCUGGUCCCCUCUCACAGAGGUCUACCUGCAAACCUUGUAGACACUGCACGUCGUAAAUCCACCCCCUCCAACACACCCAUGGCUGGAGCCCAUCCAUGUGGGACCACAAGCGUGGCAGUGCGCGAGCAGCCCCGACAGGGGUCAGCACCUCUUCAGAGACUCCUUCCCCAGAGAGAGGGAAGGACAACUACACAUACGAGUCAGGCUGCACCCCAGCAGUGGACUGGGGGCAGACAGUCUGAUAAACAGGCCCUGCCCACCAACAAAAUCUUCUCAAGGGACAACACAGGAAAAGAGCCCUGUGUUUGGUGCUACAGCAUCUUGCGAAUGCCUGGUAUGACUCAACUCAAGCCCAGAGUGGCCCCAGACCAGCCCACUAACACCACAGGGACCAAACACUGCCCAUAACAUCAGAGAACUAUUGCAGAUGACUGGACUGAAGGAAAACACGUCACAGCAGCAGGGUGUAUGUGGCACACACAGAAGACACCCCUGAAGCACCAGCUUCCGGCGAACGGGGGGGUGCACUGUGCUGCUGGGCACUACGGGAUGCCUUCAGAAGGCCACUACUUUCAAGAGCUGGAGACGUAGCAGGAACAGAGAGACAAAAUAAGGAGACCGAUAAAUAUAUUCCAGAUGAAAGAACAGGACAAAAUCAUGGCAAAAGACCCAAGGAAGACAGAGAUAAGUAAUAUGCCUGAUAAAGAAUUUGAAGGAAUGAUAAAGAUACUGUACUUGAGAAAAGUGGAUGACAUCAGGGGUGCCUACCUGGCUCAUUUGGUAGAGCAUGUGACUCUUGAUUUCAGGGUUGUGAGUUCAAGCCCCACAUUGGGCGUGGAGCCUACUUAAAAAAAGAGAGUGGAGGACAUCAGUGAGACCCUUAAAGAGAUAAAAAGGAACCAAACAGAGACGAAGCAUACAAUAAAUGAGGGGUGCCUGGGUGGCUCAGUUAAGCUUCUGACUUUGGCUCAGGUCCUGAACUCACAGUUUGUGAGUUUGAAUCCUGUGUUGGCAUCUGCUGACAACCUGGAGCUUACUUUGGAUUCUGUGUCCCUCUCUCUCUGCCCCUACCCCACUCGCACUCUCUCU